CAAAAAGCGAAUCAAAUUUUUACAAUAUAUUACACCCAUAUAUAGAAUAUUCACUAAUAAUUAAUUACGAUUUAAACGAAUUAAACCUAAAGUCUGUCUUAAAUUCACAAAUAGUAGUGAUUUUAGUGUCAAAUGAAACGCAACGAAAUAUUUGAUACCAUUGUUAGUGACAAGAGUUUGGUUACAAUUGAAUUAAUUUGAGAAAAUAGUUGACAAAACUAAUAGUGAGUGAACAUUAGGGAAGUUCUUCGGGGAAUCAAACAAUGGAGACAAUAGAGUUCUCGAGUGAACAACACUCGGGUCUUCACGCCUCGGGUUUGAGUUCAACACAACUAAUAUCCGGCACCCGAUCCUCAGAAUAUCGGUCCGAAUUACGGACAACCGAAUACACCAAUCAAUCCAAUGGCCAACAAACGGGUCGCGUGUCUCCCGUCCUGUCAGAACUGGACGCCGCCGACUAUCAGGCGCUUAACUCAUCCAAUAUUAUGGACACAUCUAUCGACUCAACGCUCGACUACACGUCCAAAGAGAAACUACUCAAAAGAUAUGGCGAGAGUCGGUCUCAAGAGAGAAGUUCGUCGAGAACUUCACGUCGAGUCAAGUUAUACGAUGAGAACGAGAAGUUUGAUUACAAUCACUUCGCAAAGAUUCCGGCCUCAGCCGCCAAAUCUCCCGGAAUGAACCGUAAGGUUACGUACGAUCGCCGCUCGCCCUCACCGUCGCCCUUAGACCCGAGAACCCCGUCUCCGAUCCAUACAAUCAAUAUUCCGCCCAAAACUAUUGAGACUAAGGCUGUGCCACAAAUCAUAAUAGAAGAGGAUGGGAAACAUCACUGCAAAUACCACAGCCAUCACUUGGAUCACGAGUACUGUCCGCCACCAGUUAGGGGGCCCUGCGCUGCCUGUGGACAGUAUAUUGUUGGCAAGCUAUUGAAAGUGAUGGACGAAAUGUUUCAUCCGGAGUGCUUUCGGUGCACUAAUUGUUCGACUACUCUAAACAACGAGAACUAUAAGCCACACGAAAACAAACCAUAUUGUGUGCCCUGUUAUGAGAAGCUGUUUGGGCCGCCCUGUACUGUGUGCAAGAAGUCCACCCAAGAUAAUCGGUAUCACGUGUUGAACCGUAUUUGGCAUCCGGAGUGCUUCUGUUGUGUUGAGUGCACUAAACGGUUGACUCCCGACAACUUUGUGGAGAGAAUGGGCUCUCCUUAUUGUAAAGAUUGCUACCAUAAGCUGUAUUCGCCCAAAUGUUGCGCCUGUAAUCUUCCCAUUAAAGAUAAAGCGAUAAAUGCCCUUGGCAAAAUGUGGCACACAUAUUGCUUUAAGUGCACCACUUGUGGUAUUCCUCUCGAAGAGCGCAAUUUCUACGAGAAGAAUGGGAAACCUUAUUGCGAAAAGGAUUACCACAAUCUCUUUGACCCGAAAUGCGUUAAAUGUAAACUUCCCAUCACUGAUGGACGUGUGAUGACAAUCAAUGGUAAGCCAUGGCAUCCAGAAUGCUUCGUUUGCACGGUUUGUGUUAAGCCGUUAACACCGGAUAAUUAUAAGGAAUAUCAGGGAAAACCUUAUUGUGAGGACGACUAUCACAAACUAUUCUCUCCCAAAUGCGGCGCUUGUAAGACACCCAUCACUGAUGGUAAACAAAUAAAUGCAAUGGGAAAACAAUUUCACCCAAGAUGCUUCACGUGCACAAACUGUGCCAAACCUUUGGGACCAAACAAUUUCAUUGAAAAGAAUGGCAAACCCUAUUGUGAAGAUUGCAAUCAUAAACUAUUUUCACCCAAAUGUGCUGGGUGCACUCUUCCCAUCACUGAUGGAAUUCAAGUGAAGGCAAUGGGCAAACAGUGGCACCCGAUGUGCUUCACGUGUACAAACUGUGCCAAACCUCUCGGACCCAAUAAUUUCUUUGAAAAGAAUGGCAAACCUUAUUGUGAAGAUUGUAAUCACAAAUUAUUUUCCCCAAAAUGUGCUGGGUGCACUCUUCCCAUUAGAGAUGGUAAUGUACUAAAAGCAAUGGGCAAGAAUUGGCACCCUGGUUGCUUUAAAUGUACGGAAUGUGCGAUACCUCUCGGACCCAACAAUUUCUAUGAAAAGAAUGGCAAACCUUACUGUGAGAAUGACUUCCAUAAGCUAUUCUCACCAAAGUGUGCCGGAUGUAAGACACCCAUCACUGAUAAUGGCAAACCUUACUGUGAGAAUGACUUCCAUAAGCUAUUCUCACCAAAGUGUGCCGGAUGUAAGACACCCAUCACUGAUGGCAUUCAAGUGAACGCGAUGGGCAAGCCGUGGCACCCGCAGUGCUUCAAGUGUACCGAAUGUGCCAAACCUUUGGGACCAAACAAUUUCUUUGAGCGAAAUGGCAAACCGUAUUGCGAGGACGACUAUCACAAACUUUUCUCACCCAAAUGUGCCGGUUGUCGACUCCCUAUUAAAGACGGAAACAUACUCCGAGCGCAGGGCAAGGAUUGGCACCCGAACUGCUUUAAAUGCACUCAAUGUGCGAUUCCUCUCAAACCGGACAACUUUUACGAGAAGAACGGCAAACCCUAUUGCGAAGAC